AUGGGAAGAGUUGAAAACCAAGAAAAAGAUUAUAUUCACCAACUGAGUAUGAACGACUUUUUAAACCUUUGUCAAUUAGGUAAGAGUAAAGAGCAUGAAGAACAAUUACGAGUUAGAUUGACUGAAUUUACUAGAUUAGAAAGCAAGUUAGAACAAAUUGCUCGACGGAAAUUAAAAGACCUUGAUAAAGCCAUUAGUUUAGAAGAAUUAGCCCAAGUUCCCAGCAAUCGUUUACACAAACUUACUCGUGACCGAAAAGGACAGCAUAUUAUUAUGAAGAGUAAAAAAUUACCACCUAUUCAUCCCGGAGAAAUGUUAAGAGAAGAAUUUUUGGUUCCCUUGAAUAUGAAACCAGAGGAAUUAGCCAAAAAAAUCAGUGUUCCAGCCAAAACAAUAAAAGAUAUUUGUAUGCAACAAGAUUACGAACGAGAAUGUUUAGAGGAUAUUUUAGAAAGUCAAGAAAAACAAAUCAAAAAAGAAAUCCAUCCUUUACCUAAUUUUCAAUCAAAAACUAAUGAAGAAUCCACAACUAACCGAGACAAAUUAAAAGAGCAAAAUGAAGAAGGAAAAGGACUGGGCAAAUCCGCAAUCAGAGCCUCAAUCAAAGGGCUUAAUUUCGCAGUAAAGGCUUAUAACCUAGUUGUGGCAAAUGCUGUAAAAUAUAGUACUCUUGGUGCAGCAGACAUCAAAUUAAAAGAAAUCAAUGAAAAUCAAACAUUAGAUGAGAUUAUGAAAAGUGGUGGAACUUCGGUAGCACUUGGUCUGAUUGAUGAUGCUGUUAAAGGAGUUAGGAGAGUAGGACUUCCAGCUAUCAACGCCAUUCAGGUUUUUGGUGUUGGUGGGCCUCAAGCAGUUGCUGCGGCUAGCAAGGUUUUGUCUACUGUUGAAUUUGCUAUUGACCAUUUAAAAGAUAUGCUUACGAGUAGUGCUAUUUCUGGACUUGCUGCCGAAGUCGGAGACCUCAAAGAUGGUCAAGCCAAAUUAAACAGUAAAGUUGACGCCCAAGGAAAAUUAAUGAAUAAAAGAAUGGGCGACUUAAAAUCAGAACUCCAAGGAGAAUUAAAACAACAAGGAGAAAAAUUUGACAAGGAAAUUAAAGACCUUGACAAAAAACUGGAAACUGCCACCGGAGAAAACCGCAAAAGAAUUGAGGAAGAAAAAAAACAAAGGCAAGCCCAGUAUCAAGAAUUAAAAAGUUCGAUUAAUGAAGUCACGGAAAACUUAAAUCGAGUUGAAUCCAAACUAACCGAAGCCCUUCAAGACUUCAAAUCCGAAGUCAAUGAACGCUUCGAACAGCAAGAAAGGAAAAUCUUAGCUAACAAACAACGAAUAGAGGAAGAACGUCGUAAAAGAGAAGCGGAAAUCCAAGAAAUAAACAGUAAAAUAAAAGUCACUAGCACCAACUUAGAAAAUUUACGGCAAGAAAAAGAAGAACUAUCCGACAACUUCGAUAAAUAUAAAUCUCAAAUCGACCAAAAGACGGCUGAAACCCAGCAAGUCCUCGAAGACACUCAGGCUGAAUACGAACGCAAAACCGCUAUCUUAGAAACUCAAAUCAAAGAUAAUGAAGAAAUAAUUAAUGAAUUUCAAGAAGACUUAACCACUGUUCGCAACGAACAAGCCAAGCAAAGACUGCAACAAGAAGAAAUUUUGGAAGAAUUACAAGAAACUAAUGAUAUCUUAUUCGCUCAGCAACGCAAAUUAAACUUAGUCGCUGACCAAAUGAAUGAUAUUCAAGAAGAAGUUCACGAACGGAUGGAUAAACUUUCCGAGAAACUGGACACUCGAAUUAAUGAAACUCUGAAUGUCGUUCAAGACACUAAUAAAAAACUUGACAAACUAACUGAUGAGGUUCAAAAUAUCCGCGAAGAAACAGAAAAAUUACAAGAGCAAAUCAAACAAAAUAAAUUAGAAACGGAAAAAGCCAAACAAGAGGCUAAAUUGGCUAAUGAACGACUAGAUAACUUAAUUAAGGCUCAAUCUCUUAGUGAUUAUUCCGCCCAAGAAUCAAAAAUAGAUAAAAUCCAAAAGUCCUUAGAAUUAAAAGCCGAAGAGGCUAAACUCUUAGCAACUUUAAAUCUCUUACAAGAAACUAAAAAACUAAUCCCCAAAGAGCCCGCCGAAAGAGAAGUAAAAGGAGAACACGAACAGGCUCCUCUCACCGACCCUGAAAAAAGAAAAGAACAACAAGUCGACCAAACUAAACGAGAAGAAAGCAAAGCCGCGGGGGAAGAAACAAAGCAGGCUGAGGUUUUAGAAGAAUUAGAAAAUUUAAAGACUGAAACUUUACAGCAAUUAGCCACUAUUCAACAACAAAUUAGUCAGCAAUUAGACCAAGCCGAAGAAGAACCAAUUAUUACUAAAACUAAACCUUUGGCUAAAUAUGACCCACAAAUUAAGAAAUCUCAGCAAAAGGUUCAGAAAUUACAGAAGACAUUAGCCAAUAAAAAAGCAACAACUCAACAAUCAGUUCAAAAAGCAUUAAAUAAUCCUACUCCGCAGAAUAAAAAAGAAGUUCAACAAUCGCAACAAGAAGAGAAGAAAAUUGAGAAAGAAUUAGGGCAAGCCCAAACCGAACUAGAAAACUUAGAAAAAAGCCAAGUCUUCGAACAGGAUUUAGAAAAACAGGAAGAAGAAAUCAGAGAAGCCGAAAAAGAGGAAAUAGAACAAACCUGA